AAUGUCUACUAAUCUUUUGUUUGUUGAGUAUUUGUUGUUACUAUAUCAGUGGAUUGAUAAACGAGAAGUGUAAUUCGGGUUGAGUUUAGUCUGCGGUGUGAUGUGGACUGUGUAAUUUGUCCAAAAUGUCAGUACUAAGUCAGAUAUGGUGUAGUAUUGUAGUAUGCUACAUGUGCCUAAGUAUGGGGUUGAUGUAUGCCUGGCCAUCGUGUACUUUGAAGUUAUUCUCUUCACACAACACGACCCUCAAUCGACCGAUGACGGAAACAGAACUUGCGCUGUUCGGCAGCCUCUCAUCUAUUGGUGCACUCAUUGGCACGCCUCUAUCUGGCUUUCUUCUUGAUGUCUUCGGUAGAAAAUACAGCUGCAUACUGUUUUCUCUGCCGCAAGUGAUCUCAUGGAGUAUAGUGUCAGUGAGUACCAGUGUAGAAUUGAUUCUAGCGGCCAUGUUUCUUUCUGGGAUUAGCGGCUGCGCGUUAUUAAUAUGCCCUGUAUACGUCAGUGAGAUCUGUCAGGAGUCUAUCAGGGGAAUGAUGACGUCAGGGGCCAUGAUAUUCUACGGGAUAGGUCUACUACUGUCGUAUUUGUUGGGAGGCUGCCUGGAAUAUAACACAAUGAAUUACACGUGUCUAUCGUUGGCGGUAGUCGGAGUGUUGGCUCUCUGGCCUCUUUGGGAAACUCCGAUACAUCUUAUGAAGAUGGGUAAGGAAAAGGAUGCCGUGAAAGCGAUUGCAUUCUAUAGACGAUGGAAAGAAACCUCCAAAGAGGUAGCUCAAGAGAUAAAUAACAUGAAAAGGGCGCUUAACCCUGAACUGGAUGAUAUGACACCGGAGGAAGAGAAAUUGAAGCCGGAAAUGAAAACAGUGGAAAAAAUGUCCAAAUGGAGAUUUAUGAAGAAAUCGCGUUCAUCACGCCAGGCGCUGUUGGUUGCCUUGACAUUGUUCCUGAUGGCGGUAUUCCAAGGUUUAGUUGUCGUCCAGGUGUACGCUGAACCACUCUUCGCUGAGGCAAUGCCGGAUAUCUCUCCGACUGUCUCCAGUGUACUGUUAGCUGUCAUCACUGUAGUGGCAGGCUGUAUCGCUGCCUAUUUGAUUGAUGUGGUUGGGAGACGGCCGGUGAUGAUCUACGCGUCCCUGUUGGCGGGCAUUUGCUGCAUGGCGCUGGGCAGCCAGAUCCACGGGCAUUGGGGCCCGCACUGGGUCACCGGUGUCUUUAUGUACCUCUUCUGUAUCACCUUCACAUUCGGUGCCGGGACUGUGCCUUACGUGGUAGGAGCUGAAGUCUUCUUACCUGAAAUCAAGAGUUUAGCGUCAAUGGUGUGCGCGCAAACAGCGUGGGCUUCAAAUUUCGUCAUCCUCUUCAUAUUCAAUCCUCUAGUCCUGGCCAUAGGUCUAGGCCCCGUCUUCUACAUCUUUGCUGUCUUCUGCUUUUGUUCUGCGGUCUUCUGCUUCUUCUAUUUACCAGAGACGAUGGGUCUACCUGUUGAUGUGAUACAGACUCUGUUCGCACCGAAAAAGAAAAUUCAAAGCGUUUGCUGAUAUUCAAUAAAAGAUGUGUAAAAUAUUUGUGUUAUCGUUCAAUGCUGUACUAAAUGAAAUUUAGGGGAAUUAUUGUUGUAAUAAAAAUCUAAAUGUGGAAAUUCACCAUUAAUAAGAUCCUGAUUGUGGGCUUCUUCUGUCUCUGUUUUUUUCAAAGAUAAUGUAAGGGAUGACAUAUAUGAUGUGUCAUACAGAGUUACAGAUUGUAAAUAAAGCCUUUUUAUGGGACAAAUGAAGCGGUAGAUAAACCAGGAGAUAAACUCUCGUCUACAUCAGCUACUUUCCGAUACAAGUCGGAUCAGGCGUUUCAGAGUUUACUCGAAAUGCGGACAGA